CCGAGUUCUGAAGAAUAAGUUAUAAUUUUUUUUGUUAAUGUAAAUAUGUAAUUAGUUUUUUUUAGCUGAGCGAUAUAUAAGCUCCUUCGAGGGUUUCUUUACGGUUCUUUACCUCGUCGCUUUUUUUGAACCGAACACAGAAGCUGCAAAAGCCCGUGACCAUUUUGCCCUUUCUCUAGAGUUCUUGAAGACAUCUCAACUGCAGAGAUUUUGGGUGUCAAUUUUUUUUACCAUUACAACUGUAGUAUUGUUUGGGCAAUUGAGCUAAACAUGGUGGACAAUGGGUAUGAGUUUUCCUCACCAUUGAGCUUCCCUUCAUCUUCCUGCGUGUCGAACGGUAGCAGCGGGGCCCCACACGAGGCCAAGAGCAAUCUUGAGCUGUUGAGCUUGAGCAAGCUGAGCAAUGGACUUGAGAGGCUGCUGGUGGAAACUGAGUUUGGGCUCUACUGUGAUUGGGAGAUAGUGGUGGAAGGUGUUCGGGUUGGCGUGAACCGAUGCAUCUUGGCUGCGAGGAGUCGGUUUUUCCACGAAAAGUUCAAAACCGCAAUGGCCGAAGGGAAGCCUCCCAAGUUUGUGAUGACAGACCUGUUGCCACGGCCUCUGGGUUGGGUCGGUUUUGAAGCUUUUGAGGUUUUGUUAAACUAUUUGUACACCGGGAAGCUUAAGGCGUCUCCUCCCGAGGUCUCGACGUGCGUGGACGAGUCGUGUGUUCAUCUCGCUUGUCGCCCCGCCAUCAACUAUGCCGUUGGCCUCUUAUAUGCCUCUUCCACUUUCCAAAUGAAUGAGCUUGUCAUGCUUCUUCAGCACCAUCUCGUCAACUUAGUCGAUAAGGCUCUAGCAGAAGACGUGAUUCCAAUCCUCAUGGUGGCGUAUCACUGCUCGCUCACCCAACUUCUUGAGCGUUGUCUUGAGACGUUAACGUGCUCUGAUCUUGAGAAUUUCACUCUGGAGAAAGAACUCCACUGUGAAAUCUUCAAUAACAUCAAAGCGCGCAGACUCAAGUCUCAACAACAACAACAACAACACACUCUGCAAGCGGAAUCUAUAAGGGAGAAGAGAAUCAAGAGAAUCUUAAAGGCUUUGGAUUGCGACGACGUCGACUUGCUGAAGCUCCUUUUAGCGGAAUCCACGGUCACGCUUGAUGAUGCGUGCGCUCUUCACUACGCGGUGGCGUAUUGCAACCCUAAGGUCGUGAUGGAAGUGCUCGGGCUAUGUUUGGCUGACGUCAAUCUCUUUAAUCCUCGGGGGUACACCCCCCUCCACCUGGCCGCUAGGCGUAAGGACCCGGCGAUCAUAGUGGGACUAUUGAAGCACGGAGCAUCCGUGGGGUACGGACAUGAUGUUGUUGCAACUUGUCGAAGGGUCACACGCCCUAAGGAUUAUAACGAGCCUACGAAACAAGGGCAAGAAACGAACAACGGCCGGCUAUGCAUUGACGUGUUGGAGAGGGAGAUGAUGAGUCGGAAUCCGGCGGAUGCGAGUUUGUUCCUUUCGUCAUCUACUGUGGAUGAUGAACUGUUUAUGGGGCUUUACCUCCUUGAAAAUAGAGUGGCAUUGGCAAGACAGUUAUUCCCUCGAGAGGCCAGACUAGCAAUGGAACAAGCAGAAGCAGAUUCAACCUUGGAGUUUGCCGGGCUUUCAUCAACGAAUGGGCAUUGUGGAAAUCCGAGAGGCCGCGUGGGUUUCAACGAUUUGCCAUCUGAUCAAGUCAGGAAACUCAAGGACCGCCAUGAAGCCCUGCAAAAGACUGUGGCAACGGGGCAACGUUUCUUCCCGAACUGCUCGAAAGUUUUGGACCGGUUACUGGAGGACGAAGUGCUAGAGUGUUUGAUGCUAGAAAGCGGGACGGCGGAGGAGCAGAGGUUCAAGAAGGCCAGAUACAUUGAGCUCAAGGAAGAAGUUCACAAUGCCUUUGUCAAAGACAAAGCUGAGCACAAAUGGUCACUGUCACAUCACACUUCUUCUUCCUCUUCAACUUCAACCAAGUCCCAAAAGGUCAGAAAAAGAUAUAGGCCACUUGUAAAACACUAGAGUAAUGAAAUUUACUCUCCCUCCGUCUCAGAUUAUUCGUCUAUAUUAUUUUUGACAUUAUAUAUUGACAGUCUUUGCCACAUAGAACAAACUAAAGUUUCAUAUUGUAUAUAGGACAUGUUUUAGCCCACAAUAAACACAUGUUAGUUUG